CAGUAAUAGCAACUGGCUACGCUCGGUUUUUGAGUAAGCUGCUGAAUCAAUUCGCAUUGUGGCGCCAGAGGUCAAUUGCUUUCUGGUGAUCUAGGUCAAAUGAUAAUCCUACAUACCGUCAGUUCUUUGAGCAGGUUUUCGACUGCAGAAUGUUUGGAUGUCAUCUAAACCUUAACUUCAUUACCGCUCCAGGAUAUUACGGUGGUAGUCUUCCCAUGGAAUGGCAAGUUGCAGGAAGCUGCUCCCUUUGCUCUGUCCAGCUGCAUUUCACCAAGUCACAACAAUGUCUUUAUCUAUUUUCCAAACGAUUUAGCAACGUCGUCUCGUUCGAAGAGAUCAAUUCUUUGGAGAUUAUCCUCGUGACUGGGUCCUCCAGGAUGCGGAUUAUGAACCAAAGCCCCACCAGUACCACCAAAUGCCACUCCCCUGAGACAGGUAGCGAGAAGGGACCAAAGCCAUUGGAUUCUGCCGCUUCCGAUGGUAAUCAAUCAGGAUUUGCCGAGUGAAGAGUUAGUUCUUUCGAUGUUCAGUUUCUAAGGUUCAUUCUCCUUCGCAAAUCAUGUCAACGACAUCUUACCUUCGUACCUGACCGCUCGGAGAUGGAUGUGUGCAUUUGCCAAGCUACCGCUUACAGGAAACUGGACCGCAGUGGAGUGACGUUCGUGGUCCACUCCCAUAGAGACCUCGUACUAAGGACCCUGCCGAUUGUCGUCGCCCAGAAUUGAUUUCAGCUUCGAAUCAUUGUUCGCCUUCUCCAACGCUUUCCUGCUCAAUCCAUUUCCCUAGUACUUUGCAGAUUAGAGUUAGUGUAAACACAAACAUUGGAAUUCGGCUAUGUAACGGGAACCGUUUCUAAAUGAAGGCAGGAAUGCUAACUUGCUGAGUUGGAAUCUCGGUAUUGACGUUAAUACUGAGGGCACCCUCGUCGAGUGGGACCUACGAGUCAAUGCUUGCAGAAUUUAGAGUUUUUCCCUUGGCAUCAUUGCUCCACAAUACUUCAACCCUAACAGCAAUUUUGUUUUCCGAAACCGCUUUUGCAGAUCACAACUUGCCAUGAUCUCUUGGUGCCCGAAAUCCAUAUUCAUAGAGCCUUCUUCUAUCCAGACCUGCCUUGGAUGUAGUCCUCAAUAGUCGCAGAUGGUUAACUCGUUCUGAAAUAUUGAUAAGAAUUCGCACAUACGUAGUCUCUAAAUCUCUGAUAUCAAGCAGUUGGAAGAACACCACAUACAUGGCCGAAUCCCUCACACUAUGGAGAAGGCUCUGCCGUUGGAGCCUGCUGGAAAUCAAUUCACCUCUUGGCUGCAACAUGGAAACCAUGAGCGGCGUGGCUGCUCCCUUUGCCGCAGGUUUUGCAGGUGAAAUCAUUUGCGUAAGAUGUCUUCCACAACCUCGCAAAGUAAUGAUUAUCAAUUGGGUGCUCGAUCACCCGCCCGAUUCGUCGGGACAGUUCAGCAACCACGCGAAUCCAACAAAGAAUCUUAUUAGGGUUUCAUAGGGUUUUGGAUGCUGCUCUUGCUUUUAUUCAGCGACGAUUUUGUGCAAGCCGCUUGAUUCUCGGACGCAGAAAAGUCUCCAGAAGCCCUCAAGAGGCUAAAUAGUCUGUACCACCAAUGGAAAGACACCCAACAGGUUGUUGUGUUGCUGCUCGUCUGAAUGGGCCUUGAAACUUAGGUCAGGAUGGGUUUGGAGCUGGGUUUCAGAAUAUUAUCGCAUGAGGUUCAUUGCACGGUCGCGAUUGAAACCAUGAGUAGACCAGAGGCUGUACUGGAUGGGGUUCCGACCAAAAGCAACUGAAGUGAGGACUCAAGCAGGACUGACAAGACUGGGUGGAACCUGGAACUUGGAGGUCCAGAUCGCUAUCAUUCCAGGACGGUAAACUUGGAUGUGUAGCCUUGAGCUGAAGGAGAUUGAUUACCAAAACAGCUGAGGGUUGCAUCAUCAUCAAUGCAGAGGUUGCUGGAGGUAAUAACCUGGUUAAUCGCAACAACACAAACGACCAGCAAGUGUGUUGAAGGAACGAUUAUCUACAUAACUACGAUUACACGCGUGUCUAAGGUAAUUGAAUCAUUUUUUCCUAGCUGGUCGUGGGGGGACCUCGAACUGGUGCCAGCGUCACGCCCAGGAAACACCAUUACUUAGAUCUCCAGGCUUGCAAUAGCUGAGUUCCAGGGCUCGCAACACAGUACAAAUAUAUUAUGAUGUACACCUGAAGACCAAGUUUUGGUGGUGCAUGAGGACGCCGCAGAGACUGCCAUGUCGUGAGCCUAGGAAUUAUGGGCAAUGAUUUUACGUCAGUAUUGUGAGGUACAUAAUUGAGACUCAGGUCUGGGCUGGGCUGGGCCUGGGCUGGCCAAGGCAGUAAAGAAGGUGGUGGAAGCUCUGCAUUCUUCAUUAUGCCGAGUCCUGACGUCAGUUUCGCCUUUCCCACCUUGAUCUCCGGUUGUUGUGGUUGUGGGUGUUGCUGAUGCCUGUGCGGAAGUUGAUCUGCAGCUUGCUCAUGCAACCGCAGUUAUAAGCAGCAGCAGCAGCAGCAGCUUCUUGGCGAAGCUGGAAGCUGUCGCGCUCACUUUCUCGGGUGAAGUCAUCAUAGUCCGCAGCAGGAGGGUGAGGGUUAUAUAACGUUCCCCCAAGCUCGUGACCAGUGUCGGAAAAUUUUCCAAAUCCCAAUUAGGAGGUUAUGCAGGAAAAAACAGACUGAUAUAUUACAUCUCUACCUCACCAUUGCAGAGCCUCCGAUUGCAAGAAGCGUAGUGGCUUCCCAUGUUCUUUUAGUCUUCUUCCAGGGGGAGCUGCUGCUGUUAGUAACGGUUGUGCAAAUAGAGAUGGUCAGCUGGCUGUCGCUCUAACUUCCUGAACAGCAUUCGACAUGGGAUCAAGAGGUUUCUCAAGAGGUUUUGAUGGCGCGUGCUCAUGCAGCAGUGUCGUGCAGGGAUCAAGCUCUGCUUGAAAGACCGCAGUGGUUAAGGUUCUCACUUUCAUGGUGUAGAGCAGAUUGGAAGAAGAAGCUGGAAAAUUCCCUAGUCGUUAGCAGCUAAUUCAGCAUUGUGGUUUGCAACAAUUCAGCGUUUUGGGAACAGUUAGAACAAGGGAAUCUGCAUUUGAGCGAGCCAGCCGAAGUCUCGUGAACUUUUGUGACAGUUUCAGAAGCUGCAGAUUGUGGUGGUCGUGGUGGCCGGAUAGGUUGUGGCGCUAUUAUUUGCUAAAGAGAUUGCCUUGGUUUUAACCUCAGCGGUGCUGAACACAGACAGCCUCUAGUAUGUGAAGGAAGUUGAGGAGCCCGCUGCAUACGAAACCAUUGCCCCAAAUUUUCUAGCCUUUGUUUUCAGAUCGGAGAAACGGGUUAAUUGAACAAGCUUCACAGAUAUGUAGAUGAAUACCUGCUUGAGGUAGUCCAAGUACAUAAAAAUGAUAUGAAGCAGGUGUAUGCUGCAGGUGUUACACCGGUUGAGUAUGACCUGAUUUAAUAGAAUUUUUAUGUUAACGAAGAAAUUGGCGCAGGAUGCCAUUUUGGGCUUCUCCGGCGCACUUGCACUUCUCUGCCCAGUGUGGGACUCGGGAAGAUGACACUUUGUCACCUUCAGCACCGAGCAAUGGGACUUUCCGGUUAUGGAGGUGGCGAAUCUCCGCUCUCAUGGCCAUAUGCACUGUGCUUCUGCUUGUGACCACGAUCUCUGCAUUUUCACACAGCUUGCCCGCAGGUUUCGAGACCAGCGUGGAACUUGAUCCUUCUAAUGAGGAGAAUGAGGAGAAUGAAAGCGUCCGCAUUGUUUGGAUUCCUGCAUCUAUUGACUUUCCAAGGAAACGACAAGAGUUCCUGAGGAGGAUUAAGUCCGUGGACCAACAAUUCAAAGAGCGUGUGCUUUAUACAGGGUUGACAAGGAUGUACACGCUGCGUUCAGUGUUUAACUUAAAGCUAGAAGCUGAAUCUUCUUCUUCUUCGUCUUCGUCUUCACCUACUUCUUCCUCCACUGCUUCGUCAUCAGCAUCUUCUCAACAAUCAGCAACGUUGUGGCCGUCCAACAAGCCACGCAGGCGACGCGGACCAGGCGCAUUCUCCGAUCGUCAGAUUUUAGUCGCCAGACCAGCGUGCACGAACAAGGACAUCAGCAUAUUCCAGAGCCCCGAUGGCUCUUCCGGCAUACCUCGCUACGCUGUGCAGAUAAUGAACAACUGCAUGUCGGACUGCCCUCCGUCAGAUAUUCAUGUGUUCUGCGGCUGGUUUGCGUCCGCACUGCUGGUGAACCCCAACAGCUUCAAGCGCGUCAGCUACAACGACUGUAUCGUGAAUGGGGGCAAGCCCCUCCGGCGCGGCGAGACUCUACGCUUCACGUAUGCCAAUUCCUUCAUGUAUCCUCUCAGACUCAAGUCUGCCAGUUUCUGCAAAUGAAUCCCCUCUCAUUUCCCCCAACAGUUUUUUUCAUAAAUUGGCCUCACGAGAGUAUCUGUACAACGUCGUCCGACAAUCUCUUGAGAUUAGGCUGCUCCAUUUUGGAACUCGUAGAAAUUACGAAUUAGUCUAUGACCCGUGAACUCUUACACUUUCACAGUUUUGACAACUUCAUUCCAUGUAUUUCAGCUUUACACGAGUGUGUUAUGAGAUGUAUGCAGCCGUGUUACCUGGCCCCUACAGCAACGUCCCAAAAACUUGUGGGAGAACACUGUUUUCCAACUA